CUUUUCGCCAGAAGUCUGAACAGUUUUCUGUUUCUCACGUUCAGAGGAUAACACUAAAAUUCUUCUAUCAAUGUGAUGUAUAUAUAGAAAUUCAAAACAAACUAAGGACAAUUUUUGAAAACCGUAUGGAAUUUAUGCUUUGAUUAAAAGUGAAUUGAUGUUUUACUUGAAUGAAUGACCAUUAUGAUAAUUCUUAGAAAAAAUGAGUUGAAAGAAAAAUGCCAUGAAGAGCAUCUGAAAUACAUGCCAGGCAUAACCAUUACAGUUCCCCGAUGCCGAAGUAUGAAUGGCGGGAGUGACCCGUCAACUGUACAGGAUGCCGAAAGCACCUCCAGAUUUUUAGAAUCUGUGUUCAAUUCUCCUGAAAUCAGUGUUUUAUCUUCAGAGGCUAAAUGUCACAGGUUUGUCAAACACUACAAUGACCUUAAUGCAGAGGAGAAAUUGAUAUUCCUAAAAGUCUUGUCACAGCAGUACAGUGUGAACCAGGACAAUGUUUUGCUAGCUGCAAAAGGAGUCACCACAGCACAGGGAAGAGGGGAAGCAGCUUUACUGAACUCGGAGGAGAGGUUACGCAGCGUUCUCGUACCUCGUUACCAACAGCUGUUCCAAAAGAUUGGCAGGAUUGAGGGCGGAGUCAAAUUUCUAGUCAACAUGAGAGCAGACAUACUGACCAGAGCCUCAACGAUCCACUGUGAGAAGGAGUUUGCUAGACUGAAGGUACUACAAAGCUCUAUCAGGGAAUUGUUGACAUUCUGGUUCUCAGUUGGAUUUCUCAAGCUGCAACGUAUCACAUGGGAGUCGUCUUGUGACAUGGUUCAGAAGAUUUCAGAUUAUGAAGCUGUCCACCCAAUAAGAAACUGGGCUGACCUGAAACGACGUGUAGGCACAUAUCGUAGAUGUUUUGUCUUCACACACAAGAGCAUGCCCAAGGAACCAGUUGUGGUUCUACACACAGCUCUCACACAAGACAUAUCCACAACAAUACAUUCCAUCAUUCGUACACCAUCUCUAGGCCAUGUCAGACAAGAGGUUGAGAGUCCUCCUGCAGUUGAAAUGGAGGUUGAGUCUCAGGCAGAGGAACCAUCAAAAAUAUCUGCUGCUGUGUUCUACUCCAUCACCUCUACACAAAAAGGUUUACAAAGUGUUGACCUAGGUAAUUAUCUAAUCAAAAAAGCAGUUCAAGAACUUCAAGUGGAGUUUCCAUCAAUCCAAAAGUUUUCCAGCCUUUCUCCCAUACCUGGUUUCAAGGACUGGCUUAUUAUGGAGAUCAACAAGUCUCAGAAAGCUGAAAGUCUGUCUGAAUGUGUAGACCAACCGCUGUUGUACCAGUCAGAAAUUGAGAAACUACGUGAAAUUGUGGAACCAGAGAAUGCUAACAUGAUGACUGUAUUAAAGGGAGUAUUACAAAAUCACACCUGGGUGUCUAAUGAACAUGUGUGUCAGGUUUUAGAAGGACCUUUAACACGACUUUGUGCUCGGUAUCUGUACACAGAAAAACGACGAGGAUAUGCCCUUAAUCCAGUAGCGAAUUUCCACUUAAGUAAUGGUGCUGUCCUCUGGAGAAUUAACUGGCUAGGUGACAUGUCAAUGCGUGGUAUCAACCAGUCAUGUGGUAUGAUGGUGAACUAUCGCUAUUUCUUAGAGAGCACAGAGGAAAAUAGUCGCAGAUACCUAGAACUUCGAGAAAUAACGGCAUCCGAGGAAGUCAAAGAAUGGGCCACACUAACAUUGUGAUUUAAUGUUCCAUAAACCGUGUAAUAUUGCCUAAUUUCUCGGGAAAAGAAUGUGCCAUCAACCAUAAUUGUAAACAUUGUUGUCACCUUUCUCUGGAAAGGGAUGUAAUGGCCAUCGACUAUAUAAAGAUGUACAUUUAUUUGUAUAUGUAAUACAUAAAUCUUAAGUGAUUCUGUUUAUAAUAUCCAGCGGCGAUUUUCUUUAUUUCAAGGCAUUUAACUUAUUACUUUCUCCCUUAAAUCAAACAUUGAUUUAGUAAUAAGUGCGACCCAACAACGAAGACAUCAGGAAGGAGUGUUUCUCAACAUUCAACAGCUUCGAAAAACAUACGUAAGCUUAUAAACUUUUAUUUCUUGUCGACCGGUUUUGCCAUUUACGGUUUGUCAGUGCAAAGAUACAACAAUCCUAACCCCUGAAGUACCCUCAAAGUGGUACACAUAUCAUGUGAUGCUUAUUGUUAUAAGGGGAGGUAAUCAUCCGUUAACAGUGUACAAUCAAUGCAACUACAUGUAUAUACUAUAUACACUAUAAUAAACAAAAAUUAAAUAAAUAUUCAUUAUAGAAUUAAAAUAUUCAUUAUAGAAUUAAAAUGUUCAUUCUAAAAUUAAAAUGUUCCAAAAUUAAAUUCCUAGCGUAUGCUCUGUUUAUGAGUCUUUUUAAUAACUCUUUACACUCCUCUUCAUAAUCGGUAUCUUCACUAAAUAUCUAACUCACUCGUAAUACUUGUGCAAAUGUUAUAUUGUUCUUCUGGUGUUUAGGCUGGCACUGGCAACUCCCAUAAUCCAAGUACAUGAAAGCAUUGGUGGGUUUAUUAUACAUUUUAGUGCCUAGAGAGUUGUCUUCUCAUAAGAAAACAGUACGUGGUGUCUAAAAAGUCCACUGACGUGGUACUUGUUUCUGUGGUUAGUUUAACAGUAGCGUGACACGAGUUCAUUGAAUCCAAGAUGGAGGAAAGGUCCUCUCAUGAAUGGGUCCAAAUGAAAAAACAUCAUCGAUGUAUCUACACUAUACUAAAGGAAUUUUAGAACAUGUAGACAAAAACAAAAACUUCCUCUCCCAAAAGUCUAUGAAUAUUAUCGUAUAGUUCGGUGCCGUAUUCAUUCCCAUUGCCGUGCCUUGUUCGUCUUGAGAUGCUUUCUCUGUGAUUGUGGUGUAGAUGUUGCUAGUUUCAGUUUUGUUGUUCGCGGCUAUCUUCCGCCAAUAUUCUAAAAGUGUCUUGGUUAGACAUGUGUAUUAUAUGGCUGGGGACAGUUCUGUAUCCUAUGGACUGUGUAUUAUAUGGCUGGGGACAGUUCUGUAUCCUAUGGACGGUGUAUUAUAUGGCUGGGGACAGUUCUGUAUCCUGUAGACUGUGUAUUAUAUGGCUGGGGACAGUUCUGUAUCCUAUGGACUGUGUAUUAUAUGGUUGGGGACAGUUCUGUAUACUAUGGACCGUGUAUUAUAUGGCUGGGGACAGUUCUGUAUCCUGUAGACCGUGUAUUAUAUGGCUGGGGACAGUUCUGUAUCCUGUAGACUGUGUAUUAUAUGGCUGGGGACAGUUCUGUAUCCUGUAGACUGUGUAUUAUAUGGCUAGGGACAGUUCUGUAUCCUAUGGACUGUGUAUUAUAUGGCUGCGGACAGUUCUGUAUCCUAUGGACUGUGUAUUAUAUGGCUGGGGACAGUUCUGUAUCCUAUGGACUGUGUAUUAUAUGGCUGCGGACAGUUCUGUAUCCUGUAGACUGUAUUAUAUGGCUGGGGACAGUUCUGUAUCCUAUGGACUGUGUAUUAUAUGGCUGGGGACAGUUCUGUAUCCUGUAGACUGUGUAUUAUAUGGCUGGGGACAGUUCUGUAUCCUAUGGACUGUGUAUUAUAUGGCUGGGGACAGUUCUGUAUCCUAUGGACUGUGUAUUAUAUGGCUGGGGACAG